AUGGAGACUUUGGAGGAAGAGAGCGAUCUCCUUGGUUUGCAGACAGAGAACAACAUGGAACAACCAUUCACUGUCAGCUCGUUGAAAAAGCUAGUAGCUAUUCCUGACCAUACAGACAUCUCUGUGACCCCAGAAGAGAGAGUACGUGCCUUGAGCAAACUUGGCAGCAAUAUCACAAUCAAUGAAGAUAUCACUCCGCGUCGUUACUUUAGAUCUGGAGUAGAGAUGGAGCGGAUGGCAUCAGUAUAUAUGGAGGAGGGAAACCUGGAGAAUGCUUUUGUUUUUUAUAAUAAAUUUAUAACGUUGUUUGUAGAAAAGCUGCCCAGUCACCGAGACUAUCACCAAUGUGCAGUACCAGAAAAACAAGUUAUCAUUAAGAAAUUGAAGGAGAUUGCAUUUCCACGGACAGAUGAAUUGAAGAGAGAUCUUUUAAAAAAAUAUAACUUAGAAUAUCAAGAAUACAUGCAAAACAAAAACAAAUGUAAAACUGAAUUUCUGAAGAAACUAGAGCAUCAAAAGCUAAUAGAGGCAGAGAAGAAACGAAUUGCACAUAUGCGGCAACAGCAGCUUGAAUCAGAACAAUUUCAAUUCUUUGAGGAUCAGCUUAAGAAGCAAGAACUAGCUCGAGAUCAGAAAAUCAAAGAGAGCAUGGUUAUGUCUGAACAGAUAGAUGGAAGUAUGCUAUCUUGUAUUUCUGUACCAGAGAACAGUUCCUUAUCUACUGCACUGCUUGAGAAAAAAGAGAGGAGCAGCACAUCUGGCUGCACUGGACAUUCACCUCCAGUAAACCGAAUCUUGAAGCCAGCAGCUACUUUAAGUGCUGUUCAGACUCAAUUGGCUGAAGCACUCAGAGGCGUCAUUUUGCCCAGGGAUCUCUGUCACAAAUUUCUGCUGCUAGCGGAGGCAAACACAGUAAGAGGAAUAGAGACAUGCGGAAUUCUCUGUGGAAAACUGACACAUAAUGAAUUUACUAUUACCCAUGUAAUAGUGCCAAAGCAAUCUGCAGGACCAGACUACUGCGACAUGGAGAAUGUGGAAGAAUUAUUUGGUAUUCAGGAUCAGUAUGAUCUCCUCACUUUGGGUUGGAUCCAUACACAUCCAACACAAACUGCAUUCUUAUCCAGUGUUGAUCUUCAUACUCAUUGUUCUUAUCAGCUAAUGUUGCCAGAGGCCAUUGCAAUUGUUUGUUCACCAAAGCAUAAUGACACUGGCAUCUUCAGACUUACUAAUGCUGGCAUGGUAGAAGUUUCUGCUUGUAAAAAGAAGGGAUUCCAUCCACAUACAAAGGACCCUAGGUUAUUUAAUCCAUGUACCCAUGUGGUUGGGAAAGACAUAAAGAUAAUUGUGCUGGAUCUGAGGUGAUACAGAUGGAAGAUAGUGAUGUUACUACGCAAAUGGCCAAAACAGAAAAGUGGAUUCCUGUUUUUCCUACACUUUCAGAAAUGACUUUUAUAUUUAUACAUUUUAGAUUGAAUGGUUUAAUAUUUAUUGCUGUAGGCUGUUUUGGAAUUAUUUUGUUGCUCUGUCAAGAUGGAGUUCAAUGGCAUUACCUCUGAAUCUGUAAACAAAUCUUACCUAUAAAACACAACAAUAAAAUGAAUGUCAAACAACAGUAA